CCGCCGUCGUGUUAUUUAUAACAUGGCCACGAUCGAUCUCUUCACGUUAGCUGCUGAGAUUAUUUGGGACGUGACCUGGAACUAAACCUGCCAUGCCCACCAAGGAUGCCGCCAAGCCGGAGCGCCUCAGUAAAUUUAAGAACAUGGGAAAAGACACGGCCAAACUGCGCGAAAAGAGGGUCUCCGAGUGCGUGGAGCUGCGCAAAAUGAAAAAGGACGAGAACUUCAUGAAGAGGAGACACAUAAGGCUGUCUUCACUGCCCGACGACGACGCCCUGUCGCCAACAUACAUCUCCGACGACAAAGCCCCAACUUUGAGCAUUGAGGAAAUUGUCAAAGAUGUUGAAUCUGAGUGCAAGGAUGCUCGAAUUCGAGGAUGCCAGGCUGCCAGAAAACUACUUUCUCAGGAGCGUGACCCUCCCCUGAAGGAGAUCAUAGACACCGGACUCCUGUCUCGCUUUGUGCUCUUUUUGAGUAUGGCUGACGAGCCCGCUCUUCAGUUUGAAGCAGCCUGGGCUCUGACCAACAUCGCCUCUGGAACAUCUUGGCAUACGCAGCAGGUGGUUGAGCAUGGAGCUGUACCCAGCUUAAUUCUUUUGCUUGCCUCACCACUGUUGCACAUCAGUGAACAAGCUGUCUGGGCUCUUGGCAACAUUGCAGGUGAUGGCCCCAUAUAUCGAGACAUCCUCAUUGAAUGUAAUGCCAUUCCAGCCUUACUGGCACGUGUCUCUCCAGAGACCCCAGUUGGAUAUCUACGUAACCUAACAUGGACGUUGUCAAACUUGUGCAGAAAUAAAAACCCAUAUCCAUCCAUAUCUGCCGUUCAACAGCUGCUCCCUACUCUGAUCCAGUUUAUCCACCAUUUGGACAAGGACAUAUUGUCAGAUGCAUGCUGGGCAAUCUCCUACCUAACAGACGGUGACAACGAUCGUAUUGAUAUCGUGGUGAGAACUGGCAUUGUCCCGCGGCUGGUGGAACUCAUGAGCCUAAAGGAGCUGAAAGUCACGACCCCUGCCCUUCGUGCCAUUGGGAAUAUCGUGAGUGGCUCAGACCUGCAGACACAAACAGCCAUUGAUGCUGGAGUUCUUGGCAUCCUUCCUCAGCUCAUGAAGCACCAAAAGAUUAGUGUGCAGAAGGAAGCUGCAUGGGCGUUGUCUAACAUUGCAGCCGGGCCAUGUAAGCAAAUCCAGCAGCUCAUCACAUGCGGCCUGAUCACCCCUCUGGUAGAGUUACUUAGAAAUGGAGAUUUCAAGACUCAACGAGAGGCAGUGUGGGCAGUGACCAACAUCACCAGUGGGGGCACUGUGGAGCAGGUGGUCCACCUGGUGCAUAGUGGGGCACUUGAGGCAAUCGUCAACCUGCUAGAAGUAAAGGACGCCAAAAUUGUUCUGGUGAUAUUGGAUGCCAUCACCAACAUUUACAUGGCAGCAGAGAAGCUUGGUGAAAUAGAGAAACUAAGUUUGCUACUUGAACAGCUGGGGGGACUGGACCGCAUUGAAAGUCUCCAGAACCAUGAAAAUGAGAUGGUGUACCAGGCAGCACACAACCUCAUUGACAAGUAUUUUGUGGAAGGUGAGAUCGAAGAGCUGCAAGUUGAUGCCACUGAAGAUUCAUUGGUAUUUGAUGGUGCCAAAACUCACAAAAGAUUUGAUUUUUAAAAUAAAAACUAUUUUCAUACCAAACAAA